AUGACCUUCUUCGACCGUGUCCUCCUGCUGCUUGCCGCUGUCUUGCCGGCUGUCCACGCCGGCGAGAUGCUGGCCGCCGCUGCCGGCGAUACCGGCGUGAUUCCCAACUCCUACAUCGUGAUUAUGAAUGACGGCAUCUCGACCUCCGACUUCGACUCGCACCGGACCUGGGCCACCGGCCUGAACAACAACGCCAAACGGAAGCGCGGUGUCAAGAUGGGCGGCGUCUCGCGCACCUGGGCUGCCGCCCAGAUGAAAGGAUACAGUGGUUCUUUCGACCGCCAGACCAUCGAAAAAAUAGCCAAGAGCGCCUCCGUAUCCUACGUCGAGCCCGACCGCAUGGUCAACAUCACCGCCUUCGCCACGCAGGAGAACGCGCCGUCCUACGGCCUCGGCCGCAUCUCGCACCGCCGCCCGGGCAACCGCAACUACGUGUUCGACGAGUCGGCCGGCCGCGGCAUCACCAUCUACGGCGUCGACACCGGCAUCGACAUCCAGCACCCGGACUUCCAGGGCCGCGCCGUGUGGGGCAGCAACCAGGUCAACACCGUCGACGCCGACGAGAACGGCCACGGCACCCACACCGCCGGCACCUUCGCCGGCACCACCUUCGGCGUCGCCAAGCGCGCCUCCAUCGUCGCCGUCAAGGUGCUCGACGCCAAGGGCGGCGGCAGUGCCAGCAGCAUCAUCAGCGGCAUCAACUGGUGCGUCGACCACGCCCGCCAGAACAACCUGCUCGGCCGCGCCGUCAUGAACCUGAGCCUCGGCGGCUCCGGCGCCCGCUCCUUCAACCAGGCCGCCACCAACGCCGUCAAUGCCGGCAUUUUCCUCUCCGUGGCCGCCGGCAACGAUAACCAAGACGCUGUAGGAACCUCGCCCGCUUCGGCCCGCGGCGUGUGUGCCGUGGCCGCCAGCACCGAGGCCGAUGAGAAAGCGAGCUUCUCCAACUUUGGCGAGAUCGUGUCGAUCUACGCCCCCGGCGACAAAAUCAUCUCCGCCGCUCCGGGAGGCGGCAGCAAGGUCCUGUCCGGCACGUCCAUGGCCGCGCCGCACGUGGCCGGCGUCGGCGCCUACCUCAUGGCCCUGGAGGGCAUCUCGUCGAACCAGGUGUGCGACCGCCUGAAGAGCAUCGCGCAGCCGAGGAUCCAAAAUGCCGGCCAGGACACCACCGCCAAACUGCUCAAUAACAACAGCGGAGUGUAA